CCCACUCCACCCCCAUCUCUUCCCUCCUCAGCUCCCCCCCCGGGGGGGCGGAACCUUCCAUGCGCCGCCGUGGCCCGGCCGGUCCCAUUAACCCGCGGCACCGGGGCAUGGCAGCGCCGGGGGUUCGAGCCCGGAUCGGGGCCGCUGGGAGGGUGUUGCCGGGUCAGUUCUGUGCCGCCCUGGACUGGCUGCUGCCCCUCGGCCCCUGGAGACCCAUCAGCACCUUCUUCAAGGCCUCGGACCUGCGGGUGGAGUUGACCAAUGAGCCGAAGCCCAAGCCGGAGGUGGGGCAGCUGCAGUUCGGGAAGCAUUUCACCGACCACAUGCUGACGGUGGAGUGGGACCGGGAGCGGGGCUGGGGCCAGCCCCACAUCAAACCCUUCCAGCACCUGAGACUGCACCCGGCCUCCUCUGCCCUGCACUACGCCGUGGAGCUCUUCGAGGGGAUGAAGGCUUUCCGGGGCCAGGAUCAGCGCGUCCGUCUCUUCCGCCCCCUGAUGAACAUGGAGAGAAUGUCCCGCUCGGCCGCCCGCGCCAGCCUGCCGCCCUUCGACCAGCUGCAGCUCCUGGAGUGUAUCCGCCGGCUUGUGGCCAUCGACCAGGCCUGGGUGCCGCACUCGGACAGCGCCAGCCUCUACAUCCGGCCGACCUACAUCGGCACCGAGCCGUCCCUGGGGGUGUCCCGCCCCGGCCACGCCCUCCUCUUCGUCAUCCUGUCGCCAGUGGGGGCCUACUUCGCCUCCGGCCCCAUGGGCGCCGUGGGGCUGCUGGCCGAGCCGCGCUACGUCCGCGCCUGGCUGGGGGGUGUCGGUGACUGCAAGAUGGGGGGGAACUACGCCCCCACCAUCCUGGUGCAGGACGAGGCGGUGCGGGCCGGGUGCCAGCAGGCGCUGUGGCUCUACGGGGACGAUCACCAGAUCACCGAGGUCGGCACCAUGAACAUCUUCCUCUUCUGGACAGACCCGCAGGGCGAACUCGAGCUGGUGACCCCCCCACUGAACGGCAUCAUCCUGCCCGGGGUGACCCGGCAGAGCCUGCUGGACUUGGCGCGCAAGUGGGGCGAGUUCAAGGUGUCGGAGCGCAGCAUCACCAUGGCCGACCUCCUCCGGGGGCUGCGGGAGAAGCGGGUCCGGGAGGUGUUCGGCUCGGGCACAGCCUGCGUCGUCUCGCCCGUGAGCCACGUCCUGUACCAGGGCAAGAACUAUCCCAUCCCCACCAUGGAGAACGGCCCCGACCUGACCAAGCGGUUCCUGAAGGAGCUGACGGACAUCCAGUAUGGCCGUGUGCCCAGCGACUGGGUGCUGCCCGUCUGAGCCGGACUGGACCCUGCCCCCCUUUUUUGGGGGGGCUUUGGCUUUAACACUCCCCCAAAGCAACCCCCUAGAUGGCCCUUGUGUUACCCAUCCAGCCCACCUCUCCCCUUCCCCCCACUCAGCCCAUGGCCCCCAUCCUGGCUACCCCCCGACUGACCCAGCUCCCCUGGGGCAGAACCAACCCCGCCCUGGGAGGAACCAGCCGCCCAAAGAUCGCAGCCACCUGGCCCCCCCUUCGAUGCAUGGGACAGCCCCCCGCUUCCAAAGUGCAAUAUAGAGAGAGUCCACCCCGGGAUUCCCCUCUGCCCGGUGCCCCCUUGGGAUCCCCUCUGCCCGGUGCCCCCCCUCCCCUCCCACCCCAGGAUUCCUGGUGCCCGCAUCCCCUGCACCCCGAGUCUGCUCUCCCCUGUGCCCCUCUCCGUCCCUCUGCCCAGUGCCCCGCAUCCCCUCCCCCUCCGGGAUCCCCGGUGCCCAUGUCCCCUCCCCCUCCGGGAUUCCCCUCUGCCGGGUGCCCGCAUCCCCUGUGCCCCCAUCCCCUCCGGAUCGGGAUGGGGUCACCCCACCCCGCCAGCACCAGCGUAGCCGAGCCACUGCUGGGCGCCUGGGAGCAGUGCAUUGUGGGAGACCGGAUCGACCAGUUGCAAUGCCUUCUGGGUAAACUAUCCCAUCAUGCGAAUCCCACACACACGCCACGCGGCGCGGAGCUGCCGGAGGGUGGGCUGAGACCGCCCGAGCUAACCCACCUCCGCUGCACCCGUUCUGGGCUCCCCCGGGCUCUCGGGCCGGGCCGGGUCCCUGGUGCCAGGCCGACGGACACCCCCCUGCUGCCCGCAGGGGAGCGAAAUGCCGGGCACUGACCCAAAAAGCUUUUCUAUUAAACCAGUGAAACCAA